AUGGCAGUGGAUCCGAUCCAAGCACCACCACCACCAAGAUCCGCUACCGAUCUCUUCUCGGACCCACUUGAUUCCCACCCGUUAUGGUUCAAACCGGACCUUUUCCUCUCUCCGAAUUUCGACACUGACUCUUACAUUUCGGAGCUCCGAACUUUUGUCCCCUUCGACACUCUCCGAUCGGAACUCCGAUCACACUUAACUUCCCUAAAUCACGAACUAAUCGAUUUAAUCAACCGUGAUUACGCAGAUUUUGUUAAUUUAAGUACCAAACUUGUUGAUGUGGAUUCUGCUGUUGUUCGGAUGCGGGCUCCGUUAUUGGAGCUCCGAGAGAAGAUUGAAGGUUUUAGAGGGAGUGUGGACUCGUCUCUUGUGGCUUUGAAGAAUGGAUUGGGGCAGAGAUCGGAAGCGGCAGCGACUAGAGAGGUUUUGGAGCUGUUGUUGGAUACGUUUCAUGUUGUUUCUAAGGUUGAGAAACUGAUAAAGGAGCUACCGAGUGUGCCUGCUGAUUGGUCGAAUGGAGAUGUGAAUGUCACGGAAAAGAAUGCUGCGAGCAAUGGCAACAUUGAGAAUGGAACAAACGUCAGAGAGACUCAAAGCAUGCUUUUGGAGAGAAUUGCCAGCGAGAUGAAUCGACUUAAGUUCUACAUUGCUCACGCCCAGAACCUCCCUUUCAUUCAGAACAUGGAGAAGAGAAUUCAAAGUGCGAGCCUGUUGUUGGACGCAAGUUUGGGACAUUGUUUUGUAGAUGGACUAGAGCACCGAGAUGAAAAUGUAAUCUAUAAUUGCUUACGUGCUUAUGCUGCUAUUGAUAAUACCAGUAGUGCAGAGGAAAUUUUUCGCACGACUGUGGUGGCUCCAUUAAUACAGAAAAUUAUUCCACAUGGAGCAUCAGGAGUGGUCGUUGGCACAUCUAGAGAUGGGCUUGAAGAUGACUAUCAAGAAAUCAAGAAAUGUAUUGAGAAGGACUGUAAAUUCCUUUUAGAAAUAUCUUCUGCAGAAAAUUCAGGGUUGCAUGUAUUUGACUUCUUGGCUAAUUCAAUUCUAAAGGAGAUUCUCUCUGCAAUUCAAAAGGGAAAGCCUGGUGCUUUUUCCCCUGGAAGACCAACUGAAUUCUUGAUAAAUUACAAAUCAAGCCUAGACUUCUUGGCUCAUCUUGAAGGCUAUUGUCCAUCAAGAUCUGCUGUCACUAAAUUUCGAGCUGAAGCCGUCUACAUUGAGUUCAUGAAACAAUGGAAUGUUGGGGUUUAUUUCUCCUUGAGGUUCCAGGAAAUAGCUGGUGCUCUGGAUUCUGCACUUGCAGCAACCAGUCUUAUUCCAGUCCACAGUUCACAUUCUGGUCAUGGAAAUUCCCAAGAUUUAACAUUAAAGCAAAGCGUCACUUUUUUGGAGAGCCUGAGAUCUUGCUGGAGAGAAGAUGUUCUUAUAGUCUCUUGCGCGGACAAGUUUCUUCGCUUAACAUUGCAGCUUCUUUCAAGAUUCUCAAAUUGGUUGUCAUCUGGUCUGGCUGCUCGUAAGAUGGGUAAUACUGGCCCAAACUCUGGAUACAAAUGGGCAGCUUCAGCAGUUCCUAAUGAUUUUCUCUAUAUUAUUCAUGACAUAAAUUGUCUGGCCACAGAGGUUUGUGGAGAUUACCUUGAGCAUGUACUUAAGCUUCUAUCUUCAUGUUCUGCUGGUAUACUUGAUCUAGUAAAACAAAGCAUUUUACAAGGUGGGAAAUCAUUACAUGAUUUAACACCUCUUGCUAUCAAUGCAAUCACUGAGGCACUAGUUGAUGAGGCUGUUAAGGGCUUGAAGGAUGUGAAGGCAAUUGCUACGACUUUCAGGAUGACUAAUAAGCCUAUUCCUACCAGACAUUCACUGUACGUAUCUGGGUUGUUAACUCCCUUAAAGAAGGAUUUUCUGGAUAUGGAGAAACAUAAUCCUUAUUUGACUAAGGAGACCAUUAAUGAAUUACGGCAUGGUGCUGCAACUGCAAUUACUGGUCGUUAUUAUGACAUGGUUGCUGAAAUUGUCAGUGUGGCUAGGAAGACAGAGUCCUCACUCCAGAGAUUAAAGAAGGGUGCCCAAAGACGAGCUGGAGUGAGCUCAGAUGUCUCAGACCCUACCGUAUCUGAUACUGACAAGCUAUGCAUGCAAUAUUUCCUUGAUAUUCAGGAGUAUGGGCGCACCCUCUCUACCCUUGGGGUUGAUGCAAAAGAAAUUCCAGCAUAUCGAUCCUUGUGGCAAUGUGUUGCUCCUUCAGAUAGAGAAAAUGUGAUCAAUUUGUGA